AAGUUUUACUGUUGUCCAAUGAAGUGAAGUUUUUGGCUUCUAAGUUUUUUUUGUUUUGUUACUUCUAGUGGUUUUUGGUGAGACUCCAUGUGGUUUUGAUAUAGUUUGUCCACAGUAGCCUCUCCUAUGUGUCCUUCCACAAGUUCACAGUCUUGAAGUUUCUGAGCAGGCUCUAGUGCUUUGCAGUGUAUCUGGACCUUUCUAGUGUGAAAAAGGUGUGAUCGAGUUGUUAGCCUUUUUGUUUUUUCAUCCCCCCCAUAUUUUUUACUUUGGAAAGGAAAGAUACCCACAAACAUGGCCUCUUUUAAACUGGAUUUUUUGCCUGAGAUGAUGGUGGACCAUUGUUCUUUGAAUUCUAGUCCUGUGGCAAAGAAGAUGAACGGGACCCUGGACCACCCGGACCAGCCCGACAUCGAUGCCAUCAAGAUGUUCGUUGGCCAAAUCCCACGGUCCUGGGCUGAGGAACAGCUGCGGGAGCUUUUUGAGCCCUACGGCGCCAUUUAUGAAAUCAACGUGUUGCGCGACAGGAGUCAGAACCCCCCACAGAGCAAAGGUUGUUGUUUCAUAACAUAUUACACUCGCAAAUCAGCACUGGAAGCACAGAAUGCCCUGCACAACAUGAAAAUUCUCCCAGGGAUGCAUCACCCCAUUCAGAUGAAGCCUGCUGACAGUGAGAAGAAUAACGCGGUGGAAGACAGGAAGUUGUUCAUAGGAAUGAUAUCGAAAAAGUGUAACGAGAAUGACAUCAGACUGAUGUUCUCGCCGUACGGACAGAUUGAGGAGUGUAGAAUACUACGAGGGCCGGAUGGACUGAGCCGUGGUUGUGCCUUUGUCACUUUUACAGCGAGACAGAUGGCACAAUCGGCAAUCAAAUCCAUGCACCAAUCACAAACUAUGGAGGGCUGCUCGUCACCCAUUGUGGUGAAGUUUGCUGACACGCAAAAGGACAAAGAGCAGAAGCGCAUCGCUCAACAGCUUCAGCAACAGAUGCAGCAGCUCAACGCUGCCUCCAUGUGGGGGAAUCUGACUGGACUUAACUCUCUGGGCCCGCAGUACCUGGCACUUUAUUUACAGCUCCUCCAGCAGUCUGCCUCCUCUGGGAAUGCCCUCAACAGUCUUCACCCUAUGUCAGGUAUGUCAGGGCUGAAUGCCAUGCAGAAUCUGGCCGCUCUCGCAGCGGCGGCCAGCGCCACACAGGCCACGCCCACGGGCAGCAACGCUCUCACCACUUCGAGCAGCCCCCUCAGCGUGCUCACCAGCUCAGGUACGAGUUCUGGACAGCAGGCACACUCAUCCUGGGACGCCUACAAGGCAGGGUCAUCGCCGACCUCCAGCAACAACUCCUCAGUGAACCCCAUGGCCUCCUUAGGGGCUCUGCAGUCCUUGGCUGCCGGGGCUGGAGCCGGCCUCAACAUGGGCUCGCUCGCAGGGAUGGCCGCCCUGAACGGCGGCCUAGGCAGUGGGGGCCUGUCAAAUGGAACAGGCAGCACCAUGGAAGCCCUUAGCCAGGCGUACUCCGGGAUCCAGCAGUAUGCGGCUGCCGCCCUCCCCAGCCUCUACAACCAGAGCCUACUCUCCCAACAGAAUGUUAGUGCUGCGGGCAGCCAGAAAGAAGCAAGCGACAGUCGGAGCACGGGCCCUGAGGGAGCCAACCUGUUCAUCUACCACCUCCCCCAGGAGUUCGGAGACCAAGAUCUGCUCCAGAUGUUUAUGCCCUUUGGCAAUGUGAUCUCUGCUAAGGUGUUUAUUGACAAGCAGACCAAUCUCAGCAAGUGUUUUGGGUUUGUAAGUUACGACAAUCCAGUCUCGUCCCAGGCGGCAAUUCAAUCGAUGAACGGUUUCCAAAUUGGUAUGAAGCGACUAAAGGUGCAGCUGAAGCGAUCCAAAAAUGACAGCAAGCCAUACUGAGUGGGUUUACUCUCAACUGGACUUGGUUAGGAAAUAUUUUUCUGGUAAGUGGAGUGUGAAUAAGAAACUAGAACCCUGCUGCAAACCCUCUCCCCUUUCUUCAUUCUCCCCUCUCCCUUUGAGCAUUACAAGAUUAUCAUUUUGCUGGGGUCACUACUUUAUUCUCUGUAAUUAACAAAAGCAAGCAGAAAACUAAAACAACAUGCAAACCAGCAUUACGCAUAUGAUUUCAGUCACCUGAAACUGGAUACUUACAUUCUGUUGUGGUUUUGAAUUUGUUUUUGUUUUCUUUUGAACACAAGUGUCUUUUUAAAAAUUUUAGUUGUCAUAUAAGUUUGCUGUGUCAAAAGUUUAUAGUCACAAUGAUGUGUUGCACAACGACAGCCAGUUGCCAAAAUAUUGCCUUGCUUUACACCUUUCCUUCUGCUUCCACAACCACCUAAUCCUGCUCCUGAACCCACACUGAAUUAAUCCUAUCAUAACCGACCCAUCACCAAGGUUGCAUUCUUCAAUUGAUACAGUACAUUAAAACACUGAGAGCCACGCAGAGCCUUCCAGAAAGCUGCCUUUUUGAAAUGUGGAUGGACAGACCUUGCGCAGGAGAAUGGCACAAGCUGGUUUGCCAACUGCAGAUAUCAGUUAUCUACAUAUACGCACGAUCUGACUUCACUCCAGCAGAUGAGACUUUUUUUUUUUUAUUAUUCUUUUUUAUAAGUGACCCAGAAAGGUCAGUUUGUGAUGUUGUACCAGAAACGCAUUACAUGCGGUAGGAUUUUACUUAUUUGUAUUUUUUGUUUGUUUAUUUAUUUAUUUAUUCAAAAACUAAAACGAAGCUUGAAUUUCUGUUCUCAACCUUAUAUUUUGGAGCAAAACUGCAUUUUCUACAACACUAACUUAAUUGGAGUGGUAAGACGUCAGCAGUAUUGCCUUGGAUGGUUUUGUGAUUGAUUUUAAUUAGCAAAUCUCUUCAUUUGUCUCAGGUCAAGGUCACAACACCGCCCCCUUGCUAUAGGCAUUUCAGGCAUGUAAUGUAGUUCAUUGGAAACUUCAAACAUCUAUUUAGUUGAACAUUUGAAAUAUGCGAUCUGUGCUUAAAUGGUGUGAAGGGACAAGUAUUUGGGUCUUAAUUGAUGUUAUAAUUAACACCGCUGCUGAGGUGUCAUCUGGCUUGACUCGUUUUCAUCCCCCAACUAAAUUUGACCUCUGUCAAAUGCUGUCCGUUUUAAGUGAAGAGCAGUAACGUUUCAUAGAGGACAUUAAGUUAUACCGACUCUACUCUGCCACACAUUUUAAUAACUUCAAACGAGCAUUCCGCCCCAUUUAGAAUAGUCACACCUUUCAUAAAUUUAAUUGUUGGUUUUUAGCUGUAUGUUCAAGUAGAACAUCUGUCCUACCUUUAAACAUCAAUAGGCAUUUUGGACUUGCCGCAAUAAUGGGAUUGCUUGAAACAAUGUAGGAAAAGUACAACAUUGGGGCUUUUAGAAGUGUCAGAUUCAUCCUAAAUUAUUCAAUCAUCUUUACUAAUUACUGAUGCAAAAAUAAUUAUCCGAGUAGAUGAACUUUGUUGUAUUAUUGCUAUUCUCUGUAUUAACCAAAAUGUUUUGUAAUGAUUCAUCAUCUGCAGUGGAAGUAGUCUUGUUUAAAUGAGACUACUUCCUCAAAAUACUGGCUUCCCUGCAGAUUUUUAUUCCAUGCUUAUUUCUUAUUGACAAAAAAACGCUAGUAUUUCAAUAUUGGUGACGUCAAAUAAAUGUUAAUCACUACUACAAACACAGUAAUCAGUUUCUUUGGCUUCCAGGAACUUGGUUUUAUAGGAAAAAAAACAAUUGUCCUGAUGAUGUAUAUUACAAAACUAUUAUGCCUUUUCUAUUUUUAUAGAGGUUUUAUACUUCUCCUGAGUGUUGGGAACUAUUUAUUGCCUACAUUAUUUCUCUGAAUUGAAAUGAUUGUUUCAAGAAUCUUCAAUAGUAUUUUGUAGAAUCUUAAUGUGACAUUGGUUACUCCAUUUAAAGGUUUAAACUGACCUGUGUAGCCCAAUUCAUUGAGUGUUGUUUAUUGUUAAUGUGCAACAAGUGACCAUUUUUAUGUGGAUCUGUCAUUGGGAAGGAUUUGCCAGUGCUGCUAGAGAUUUCAAAACCCCUUUCAUUUAGUCACCUCCAUAUUUAAAAUUUUAACAGAUAACUGGGGGGGGGGGUUAUGUAUUUAUGAGUUCAACCUUGAUGUGUGCCUAUGUAACUAUCCUAAAAUAGGCUUAAGCAAGGUGUCUUAAGUCCAGGGUAUUUUCCGCCAUUAAAAUAUGUCCAAAGACUGAAUCUCGACUGAUAGGGACACACAGUUGUUGUAUGUGAAAUAAACUAUGGCUGUAAACUAUGCUGUACAUCUCAUACGUAUGAAAGGAAUCAUUUUGAGUGAGCAUAGAGAAAAAAAUGCAGCACAUUUUGCCACAAAUAACAUGAGAUGGUGCCGAACACUCACAGAAAAGCUGUUGUUUACAAAGGCAGACUAAUUUAGUCUUACAUUUCUGUAGUCUGAAAACCUUUUUACUCAUUUGUUACAAUGUCUGAAGUUUGCUAUGCCUUUACUUACCUUUUCUGUAUUGUACUGACAAACUUGCUCUUCAUUUAGACUGAUUUACCUCCUUGCCAUUUAAAGUACAAGUAAUGUACUUGAGUCAGUUCUGUAUUGUGCCGUAGAGAAAUGCUCCUUUGCUGUGGAUGUAAGUUAGCUGCAAAACGAUGGCAUAAGUAACUGAUAAAGCACAAAACCAAAAGAAAUUUGUUGACUGAGAUUAGUUGACAAUCAACUUUCAUGAAUCAUUCCAGCAAAGUGAUAAAGCACAAAUAAUCUAUUAAUGCUGGUUCACAACCCUGGUCACUAUCAUUGCAAGCAAAGAAUAUAAAAAGGCAAUUUUUACAAUCAGUAUGGAAAUAUUAAAGCACAUUUGGACAGAUGGAGUAAAUCCCCUUGGAGGAGAUUCUUUACUUAACCAUUAAUUUAUUUUUAUUUACAUUUGACUACUGUUUUAAAAAUCCUUAAGUAAUUCUAGUAAGUCACAUGUUGACCGUAGGCAGUCUGUGUGGUGUCUCAGUGUUGUUGUGUCCUGUAAGUUCUCACCUCAAUUCCCCAUUAGCAUGUUGCUUGUGUCAUCCCGCUUUACUCUGAGCCUUUCUCCCAUUCUGCCUCACAUUAAAUGUUCUGUGUUUAGCUAAUAAUUAUCUGUGGUAGUGACCCCCUCCCCCUUCUCCCAUGCAAAGAUAAUCAUUCAUAGUUUUUCUUUUUUCUUCCCUUUCCCUUUUCUGUUGUUGCUUUAACCUAGGUUUGUCUCCCUGUUUUGUUUUGUUCUAGAUAUCUUCGUGCCCAUUUGUUCAUCGUUUGCCUAGCAUGUUGAUGUGACGUCAAAAGUUCAUCGUCCAGUCCGUUGUCCUCUGCGCUUCUCUGACACUUGAAAUGUUCACCUUUUGACAUUUUGUUAGUUUUUGCCAUUUAUUGGAAAAGGUUUUCAUUUAAGCUGUGUGUUUUGUCCUCUGUGCUGCCAAUAGGGUGCGCUAGAAAGACUGCCAAUAAAAAAGAAAAUGUAUAAAGUUACAUGAGUAUUGUUAUGAGCAUAAAAAGAAUCUAUUUUUCUAGAACUUACUAACACAACCACUAAAUUUUUCCAAAUCUGUUUAUUUACAUUUUUGUUCCAUUUUCCCUUUAUAGUAAACUUAUUUCUUUUUUCCAUUAUGUUUUGAGCAGUCUUCCUAGCACCCCCACAUACUACAUUUUGUUUUGUCUGAAAGCAGCCAAUCAAUUUAUAGAAACAAAUUUGUGUGUACGAGUGUGGGUGUUUUUUUGUUUUUUUUCUCUCUCUUGUAAGUUCUAAACCUUUUUUAGGAUGUCUUUGGUCACAUUUUGUUGAACUGGGGAUGACUUUGUAAUUUUGUGCUAGGUUAGUUGGCAUGAUGUAAUUUUUUGGGAGUUUCUAUUGAGUGACAUAACAAUAUACACUUGAAUCACCUUCUUUGUCCUUCAUUGUGUCAAGUCAUCGCAGGCACAUAAUGUUUUCAUUUCCUUUUGUGUGGAAAUCAGCCUUAGUCUGAAUAAUAAAAUAUACAAAAAGAGCAGAAUUGAGUUUCUUGUCACAGUUAUAUAUAUUUAGAAUGCAUGUUUUUUGUAACUGCACUGAAAUCCUCAGCAAAAUGUGAUUUAGUUUUGUUUAUAUAAUUUAAUAAACUAGUGCCAAAAUAUGCACAAUGCUGUUGGUCACAUUUCUCUGACACGUUACUGUCUGGAGUUAACAUCUGAGCAACAAAAGUAGGAUUAUUAUAAUUUUUUUUAACGUUUAUGGCGGAUUGUGUCGUGUGUGUGUGUGUGUGUGUGUGUGUGUGUGUGGAUUAUGGUUUCCCCCCUAUUUUAUAUUAGGAUUUGAGGUGAUGUUAGGUGUUUGAAUAAUUUAGAUUAUUAUUUAGAGCUAGUAUUUUCCAAAUUAGGUCACAAAUUAAAGAUCUCACGCAUUAAAACCAGCUUUAAAAGCAUGUGCCCUUAUAGGUUUGUUUGUAGGCACUUUGGGAUUCUUUCUGUUCAUUUUGGGAGGGUUUUCAUGUGGUGUUUGUCGCAAUAUCCUAUUAAAGGAGAAACACUACCUUUUUAUGUAGGUCCUGAUCAAUUUGGUAUUUUACUCACAGAAAGCACACUUUUUAUUAGCAUACUUUGUCUUUAAUAUAGUUUUGCAGCAUUGGCACAGUCUGUAGCAUGUGAAGUGAGGCUUUUAUGUCCUUCUGAUUUUUUUCUUUGAUGUUUUACUGUUUUGGCAUGUUGAGUGUGUAGUGUAUUAACUUCUCCAGUUUGCUUUAACAGGGCCAAAUGAAGCCCUCAUUGUUUUGUCACCAUUUCAGUGGUCCACAUGUAUACCAACCAUUGUAUUGGCAGUAGUUUGAACAUGGCGUCAUCUUUGUUGUCUUUUUACCCAGGGUUGGGUUUUCGAAAUGGAACCUCAUGCCCACAUCAUACUGCCAUGCGUUCUGUAUUCAGAACAACCCUUUCAUUAUUUUCUGCAUUUAAAAUCUCCCAUUGUUAAAACAACACAAUGUUAGAUGGAAUCUUCUUAAUAUUUUACCUGUUGAACAAGUACAUAAAAAUUGUAUUUCGAUAGACUGGGCUCGUUCAAAUUCGAUUUACGGUUAUCAUGUGACAGAUUGUAAUUCCAGAUUUGUCAGCUGCUAGGUCUGAGUUAAAAUGUGAUCCUGAAAAAGAAACCUGUGGGAUAUUUUAGCAUUAUUAUUGGUACAAAGUGACUGUAUUUAACAUUUGGUUUGUACUGUUUUUGCCUUUUCUACUGGAAGAAAGUUAUUCUAUUUCACAAUGUGACAUUGAAAUGAAAAAAGUGAAACCAUACAGAACUUGCCCCAAUGACCAAACCUUAGUCUGUACAGCCGUAAUUAUAAUUGAUAAAACAAUACAAUUCUGUGAAUUUGCCUUUAGUUGAAUUAAAUUAAAAGCUUUUCUUUCUAUAUAUUCUUGUUUUAAAAUGUUGUGAUUUUGAUGUGAGGCAUAGAUAUUGCUCAGUUUAUUAGAUGGCCAAAAACAGUUGCUUUUAUCAUAAUUUUGGUUAGAUAUUGUCUUGAAUGUUUUGGAUUAAGGAUUACACUUUGUUUCCACAACCGUGAAGCUAAGUGCACACUCAAUAAGCAGUCAUUUUGUGAGCCAAAAUUGUGAUCCCUAUUUGGUUGGAUGGUUUGUUUGUUUAUGUAAUAUUAAACAUGUUUGAGAAGAUUCA